AUGGAUAAGGGUAAGAGCAUCAUCGUCAACAUGGAUAAGGGUAAGAGCGUCAUCGAGGAACCAGCGCUGCCACUUCCAUUGGAUGGCUUGGAUGCCCAUGACAUGGUGCCACCACUUCCAUCGGGUGGUUUGGGUGCCCAUGUCCCCGUGCCACCACUUCCAUCGGGUGGCUUGGGUGCCCAUGUCCCCGUGCCACCACUUCCAUCGAGCGGCUUGGGUGCCCAUGUCCCCAUGGCCCAGGAUUCGGUUUUACUUGACAUAUCACGCACAAGCAUGCUAAGACAGAUCCUUCCCAAGAUAGGCGCGGUUAUUCGCACCGAGGGAGCAGUUAAGGUGGAUAGCAAGAAAAUGAUGGCCUAG